GACUCUUCAUAACUGUGAAUUCGAAAGUAGAAAAGAAAACAUCAACAGUAGUCAGUAGACCUAAAAGUGAAAGACAGAUGGAAUGCUUAUACUUUUAUAGGCCUAAGAAUAUAAAUUCUCAAUAUAGGAGAGACUGAACAUCAUGGCAGACCAGGAGAGAAAUUUUCGCACACAUUACUAUGAAAAAGUGGGCUUUAGGGCAGUGGAGGAGAAGAAGUCCAUUGAAAUUCUGCUAAAGGAGCAACCUAUAAGAAAGGACAAGCUCCUCCAGUUUAGUCUACGCUUUGGUAUACCUGCAAUGUACAGAACUUAUGUGUGGAAAAUUUUAUUGGGCAUCUUGCCAGCCAAUCAGGCAAGUCAAGCAUAUGUGUUGAACCACAGGCAAGAACAGGUGAAAGAGCUGGAGCGUGCCCUUGUGCUUCUUUCUCCUGAAUACCUGGGUGGGUCACAAGAGCAAAAGAUCCUGCGGAUGAAACUUAUUGAGGAUGGCAAACUUCCUCUUCAGAAUAAGUUCCUUGACACAGAUAUCAGCAACCAAUACUUUGUCUGUAUAGCCCAGGCUGUGGGAAGUCUGGUCAGCUCUGAGGUGGACCUGUACUGGAUAUCCACUAGGUUCUACAAACAUAUCAAAGACAAUUUCUACAAACACGUUCCACAGUUUCCUGAACAUACAAUGCAAUGUUUAAAGAAAGAGGAAGAUGGCAAAAGACUUUAUCAACAUUUGUAUGAUUAUCAAGUAGUGGAUGAGCUCCCCUUGAAUGAAUGGUUUUACACUUGCUAUGCUAAUGUUUUGCCAGAUAAUUCAUUAGAGAGAAUUUGGGAUCGUGUUAUUGGUGGGUCAAGUGAAAUAUUUGUUUACGUUGCUGUAGCAGUGCUGUUGGUGCUGCGUCGACCAAUUUUAGCCAUGCAAUCUGCCCAUGAUAUUGCUAAUUAUUUAAAACAGAUCCCAGAAGAUUGUGGGGACAAAAUUGUUAACGAGGCCUUGACCCUCCUUCACAAAAACUCUGGACAACAUCCCCCAAAACCAGACUCACCUAGCACUGAGAGUGGAAAAAACUUGGUGAAACCUGCAGACAGAAACUCUAGUAGUAAACCAACACUUACUAAAACCCAAUACAGCUCUGUUGAUGGUAGCUUUUCCACUGAAAAGAUUGGAAAAAAUGUUCUUGAGAAGUCUGUUUCUAUUGACAUUGGUAGAAGAUCUCCGAAUGAUAAGUUUAUUCAAAUGUAAUUAAAAUAAUGUAUGCUUGUUUUAAUGAAGUUUUACCUCUAAUAAUAUGGUUGAUAACCAUAACAUGUUUUAAAAAAGUUUUAAAAAGCAUGCAUGACUAGUCAAUCUCUUCUAUGAUAGAAUUUGCAUUUGUAUGUCAGUUCAUUAGUUUGAAUGGUAGUUCAUUUAUUUGAAUAACAGUUUUUUUUAAUUUGAAUGAUAUUCUUGUGAGCUUGUUUAUUGGUUUGUUUAGAUGCUGGUUCAUUAGCUUGCAAUCAAGCAAAUAGAAAUGUUGCAGUUGAUGAAUAUGUGAUUGGAACUAGAAUAAUAGUUUUUAUACUAAACAAUUUAAGCAUGUGUAUAAAACAGCUGAAGUAGUUGUGUCUGAAGAGAGUUGUGCUUUCUGGCGUGAUUGUUCCCCUUACAUUGACAGUUGUUCCAAUCAAAAAAGGUCAUGUAUAUAACAAAAGUAUAUUCAGACAACCAGCUGGCUUGGUUGUCUUGUAGAAACUACUUUCGUUAGUUCUAGUCAAAUUUUGUGGGUUACUGAAAGUGAAGUAAUGUGGCUGAGUUAUUGGUUUGUAUGCCUUAACACAUGAAUUGUGAUUUUAAAAGUUGAACAUAGUAUUUAAGAGGUUUUAUGAAGAUGAUUGCUACUCUCCCCUUAAGACAACACCUUGUUUUACCUGAGAUGCAUAGACGGUGAAAAACACCAUCCUUACAUGUCAAUUUGCUGUAUGUACAACCUGCAUUCCUAUGGAAGCAAUUGUGAUUUUGUAUAUGUGUGUGUGUGUGCCGAUUGGGGUGAUUAUUCCUGUAUUAUUAAAAAUGUGCAUUGUAAAUAAUUUUAAAUGUAUGUAAAUUAAAAUAAAAUUGAA